AUGGGUUUUGGGUUGCAGGUUUCGUCACGCCUUGCUGAAUUGGAAGCAACUUUGGAUGCAGGGAUCCGUCACAGAAAUAAGGCCCUUACUUCUGUUGGGUUUCACCUAGCAAAAUGGAUGAACAUGGUGAGAAGGGAGAAAGCUGUAUAUGAUACAUUGAACAUGCUUAACUUUGAUGUUACAAAAAAAUGUCUUGUUGGAGAGGGCUGGUGUCCUAUAUUUGCAAACACUAAGAUUCAGGAGGCACUGCAACGUGCUACAUUUGAUAGCAAUUCGCAAGUGGGAAUAAUAUUUCACCUGAUGGAUGCAAUAGAAUCACCUCCUACAUAUUUCAGAACCAACCGCUUCACGAGUGCAUUUCAGGAAAUUGUUGAUGCAUAUGGUGUUGCAAGAUAUCAAGAAGCCAAUCCUGCUGUUUACACUUGUAUUACUUUUCCAUUUCUUUUCGCGGUGAUGUUUGGGGACUGGGGUCAUGGAAUAUGCUUGUUGCUGGGAGCAUUAAUUCUUAUAGCUCGUGAAACUAAGCUCAGUGCUCAGAAACUUGGGAGCUUUAUGGAGAUGCUAUUUGGUGGGCGAUAUGUACUUCUUUUGAUGUCCCUAUUUUCAAUCUACUGUGGGUUGAUUUACAAUGAGUUCUUCUCUGUUCCUUUUCACAUAUUUGGUGGGUCUGCUUACAAAUGUAGAGAUACCGCUUGCAGUGAGGCGUACACUAUUGGUUUAAUCAAGUACCGAGAUCCAUACCCAUUUGGUGUGGAUCCCAGUUGGCGUGGAAGUCGUUCAGAGCUGCCUUUCUUGAAUUCUCUCAAAAUGAAAAUGUCGAUUUUGUUGGGUGUGGCGCAAAUGAACUUAGGAAUUCUACUUAGUUACUUCAAUGCACGGUUUUUCAGCAGCUCGAUUGAUAUAAGGUACCAGUUUGUGCCGCAGGUGAUCUUUCUUAACAGCCUUUUUGGAUAUCUUUCACUUCUUAUUGUCAUCAAGUGGUGCACCGGCUCUCAGGCAGACCUCUAUCAUGUAAUGAUUUACAUGUUCUUAAGUCCGACUGAUGAUCUUGGUGAAAAUGAAUUGUUCUGGGGCCAAAGACCACUUCAGAUCAUUUUGUUGCUUUUGGCUCUAAUCGCAGUUCCAUGGAUGCUCUUUCCAAAACCUUUUAUUUUGAAGAAGCUUCAUACGGAGAGGUUUCAAGGUCGUGCGUAUGGGAUGCUUGGCACCUCAGAGAUGGACCUUGAUGUAGAGCCUGAUUCUGCGAGGCAACAUCAUGAGGAGUUUAAUUUCAGUGAGGUAUUUGUACACCAGAUGAUACACUCCAUAGAGUUUGUUCUUGGUGCAGUUUCAAAUACUGCAUCAUAUCUACGACUAUGGGCUCUGAGGGUUCACUUAGAGCAUCUUCAGCGCCCAACCCAACUCGGGUAA